UCUGAAAAUUAUAAACACAAAAAAGUGCUCCGCUCUUAAAUUUCUAAAAAUAUGUUUAAAAUCUUAUUGGAACUUUAUUUAGUGGUCUACGAUGUAGCUAAAAUAAAUAAAACGUGUUGUGUGGUGGGGGGUUCCUGUGAAAAGCCUUCAUUACUGAUCAGUGUGAGUUUUGGGGCUUUGUUUUGAUUUCCAAACAAAGAGUGCGAAAAAACAAUUGAUUCACCAGCAAAAUUACCCAGGAAACCUUCGGAUAAUCAGUGAUUAGGGAUUAUGAGUAGGUCAUCUGGAUCAUCAGGAGGCAGGAGGGUUGUUACGGCUAAAAUCAAAGUGACAGAUCCGCAGGAAAUUGAAGGAAAUGUAAGGAGACUUUCGAGGGCUCUUCCGGAAGAGUUCUCACGGUGUCUUCCCUUUCAGACCUUCACAGACGAUCAAUUGACACUUAUUGAUGAAACCCUGGACUUGGUGAUGUAUGAAAAAUUUGGCAGGUUGUUCGAUGAUGACGAUUUCGUGAAAAAAUCCACUCCGGAAGCAUCUCCUGGACUUACAGAACAAUCUUUGCGAUCUUCCGCUUCAAAUGUUCCGAGGCAGAAGCAGGAUAAUCUUGUUCUGAAUGUCACAGAAGUCCAAGAGAAGAUCUGUCGGUGCCUAUAUGAUAUUUCUAGUCAUCUACAGAGGCAUGUCUCCUUUGAGGAUGAUGAAGAAGAUGAAGCAAUCCGGAGGAUUAGGAGAUUUGAAGAGUUUUCCAUUAGAUUGUCCAGGAAUUACUUGUACAGAGUAACUUGCUUACUUGCUGAACUUCCUGCCACAAAGUACAAAAAGCUCCUUGACAAAACUAAUCAGCUCUUUACUGAGAUUCUUCACACUUUGCGAUUCUACUGCAACAAUAUGACAAGCUACACGAAUGAUAUGCAAAGAAUGAAGCUCAUUGAGAUGAUAAAUGUGAUUCUUAAAACUUCAGAUGAAUGCCUGAAGAUGAAUAUUUUCGACGAGGAAGAUGAACUCAUGAAGAGAAUAAGUGAAAUGUGUAUUGAAAUUUUGAGAGUGACAAAAGUGUUCAGUGAAGUGCCAAAGAAGCCCCCAAAAAGGGCCCCAAAAGCAAAAUCGUCAAAGAAAAAAAGGACACCGAACAGCAGGACCGUCGAGAUGAAUCCUCUUGCUAUGUAUCUUCCUCAGCAAAAGACUCCUAAGAAGACUCCCAGUCCCUCAUUCAGACUCAAUCUUCAGGGAAGCGAUGACGAGGCGUCUGGGGGGAUUUCUCGAGAGUCAAGCACAAAACACUUGGACACGGUCACAACUGACGACCGACUGAAGUCUAUGGAAGAACCAGAGCUCAAUCAUCCGUCGACUGGUAUUGUCGAGUCCAAGCACGAUGGCUUUCGCCAGAAAUCGCGCCACUUGCACCGGAAGGUGGAGCGGGAAGUGCCACGAAAGGACAGGGCAUCCUCCCUUUCACGAUCUCAUCCGAAGAUUCCUAAUCCUCGCAAGCCGAUUUGGGAAUAACAAAGAAAUGACGCCACUCUGAUUAUGUGUCCCGGACAUUUUUCUUUGGGGUUUUGAAGGGUGAGGAAGGAGGGCAGAGUUUUAUCGGAAAUUUCUACAAUUGACGCAUCAAUUGCCGGCAGAGACGUUUACUUGGUAUGGAGAAUAAUGGAAAAAUCUUCAAUUGUUUUGUGAUCGUCGCACGGUAAACAUGGGCAGGAAGUUAUUGAGAAAUUUAGGUAAGUGGCUUUCGCGCUAAAAAUUGCAACCUUGCAGGGGAGGUUUGUUUUUCUCUUGCCAUUGGGAAAAAAAAAGAUUUCACUGGAAAAUUGGGUGACUUUCUUAUUCCACUGAACCCACACCUAUUUUCGUCUCGGCGAUCGUCAUCACAUCACGUUGGGUUUUUCGAGAGCAAAAUUCCCCAUACAAAACACAACCUCGGAACAAAGUUGUCUCUCUCCCGAUCACUCGUCUGUAUUUGUUGGCUUUUUGAUAAGCGCGUCGCGGUCAGAAAACGCUGUGGUGUAUAGUCUUUGUCUGAAUUGUGGCAUGUGAGCAUCUCUUGAAGUUUAUCUCUGUGACUUGUAUAUCAAAAAAAAUUGUGCAUUUUCUUCAGAUUUUCCACUUUGAUCCUGUGAAAUCUGUAACUGAAAGUGUGUCAGGAAAAAGUGCUUAAAGGAUUUAUUUUCUUGUGAGUGCUAAUAAAAAAAAAAGUCAGUGCAAGCCAGUGAAGAAUCACACUGAGGAAGGAGUGACACAUUCUUAUUCCCGGGAAAUGAUUAAUGCAGUGACUGUCGAUAGAAAUUACAAAGUUAAGCGAUUUUUAAAGGAGAAAACUUGAAGCAAUUCAGCAUUUUUUGACGAAUUAAUUCUAAAAAAAAUAAUUAUUAUUAAUCGAUUGAAAACGAGUAUCAUUUUUGAAAAAAAUGUACGUUUGCUGGGUCAAUCCAUCCCAAAUGGGCAUGAUCCCAUCAACAAUCGUCUGGCAACAAUAUCCUCAGAUGCAUCGUCCUUUCUCACCAGCUCCGCGAUUUCGUUCAUGGACACAGAGUGAGUCUUUAUUUCUUUGUUUGCUUUUAUAUAAAUAAAAAAAAGUAUACUCAAUACAGAGAAGCUCCUUGAGAGAUUGCAAAGCGUCUCAAGCUUAUUCCAUGCGCCUGCGUCGUUAUUGAAUAAAGAUUGCCAACGAAAUUGCGCCACUUUGUGAUCUUGCGAAGGAGACCGGUGUUAUUCACUUUUAAGCAAAAAUAUUAUACACAUCCUCCUUGCUCAAGCAAAAUAGUAAUAAUAAUAAAAAAACAUCUCUCAAUGUGUUUUUCCCGCCAAUUCAAUAAAAUUUGCAAUAUGGGCAUCUGCUGUAGCCGGAACAUUGUGGCUCAGAGAGAAGAUGCAUAUGGAUAGUGAUGAAAUCAUCGCGCAACUUUUCCCCACGGCGCCUCGCUCGACAACCAAUCAUCGUCUGAUGCGUGUGAGUGUGCGAUAAGCGCGUAAAACCCUUGGCGUUGAGUUGGCCUUAAACCCAUGUGCUAGACUGGGCUGGCUGGACGAUAAAAUUGGUGGAAGAUCUUUGGCC